CUGCACUACGGGACCCUCCUGGGCAGCAGAGCUUGUGCCCACAUGGCAGCAGCUGCCUGGGCCAGUGCCUUUCUCAAUGCUCUGCUGCACACAGCCAAUACAUUUUCCCUGCCCCUGUGCCAGGGCAAUGCCCUGGGCCAGUUCUUCUGUGAAAUCCCCCACAUCCUCAACCUCUCCUGUUCAAAAUUCUACUUCAGGGAAGUUUGGGUUUCUGCUUUUCAUAGCUCCUUAGCACUUGGUUGUUUUGUGUUCAUUGUUUUCUCCUAUGUGCAGAUAUUCAGGGCAGUGCUGAGGAUCCCCUCUGAGCAGGGACGGCAGAAAGCCUUUUCCACCUGCCUCCCUCAUCGGGCCGUGCUCUCCCUGUUUAUCAGCACUGCAGUAUUUUCUUACCUGAAGCCCCCUUCCAUCUCCUCCCCAUCUCUGGACCUGUCCCUGUCAGUUCUGUACUCGGUGGUGCCUCCAACAAAGACGCAGGACGCGCCCCUGCCCCCAGUGCACCUCCCCCAGAGGAGGAUUCGGAUUCAGAUCAUUCGAGCUACUCAGGACCAGUCACUAGAGGGAAAUCUAGGAAACAACAAGAAAAAAUAUUUCCAUUAA